UUCUUGUGCGACGCCAUGGCCUUCUUGCGACCUUCUUCAACCUCUCUUCGUUUCCUCUCCCACUUCCCAAACCCCCAAUUAGGGUUAGGGUUAGGGUUAGGGUUUCAAGCUGCUGCUCCUCCUGCCCCGAAGCCUACUCCACCACCACUCCUCCCCUCCGCUACCGCCGACGCCCUCGCUCGCCUCCUCAUCCAGCACCACAACCCUUUCCACGCCAUGGAAUCCUCGCUCCAGCUUUCAGGCGUUGGCCUCACUCACGAUCUCGUCCUCCAAACCCUCCUACGCCUCAAGAACGCAUCCAAGGUCGCCCUUGGCUUCUUCCUCUGUGCCCGCGACCACGCCCAUCAUCUCCACGACGCCGACGCCUACGAUCUCAUGGUUGAUAUACUUGGCCGCGUGCGUCAGUUCGAUGUCGUUUGGCAGUUGAUUGUGGAGAUGGAUCAACGCGGGGUUGUGCCGUCGCCGAGGACGUUUGCGGUGCUCGUGCGGAGGUAUGUUGCUGCGGGGUUCACUCGGCAGGCCAUUCGAGCAUUUGAUGAUAUGCCGGCGUUUAUUGGGAGGGAGCCUGAUGGUUCGGAGUUCAAUAUGCUGCUUGAUACUCUCUGCAAGUAUGGAUACCCCAAGGUUGCAACAGAGAUAUUUAAUAAAAGGAAAUCCUCAUUCGAACCGGAUGAGAAGGCGUAUACAAUUAUGAUCUAUGGUUGGUGUAAGGUGAAACAACCUGAAAUGGCCCGAAAAUUUCUAAAUGAGAUGGCAGAUUGUGGAUUAGAACCCAAUGUGGUCACAUACAAUGUUCUCUUAAAUGGAAUUUGCAGGAGGGGUAACUUGCAACCUGAAACUCGGUUUGAUAGAGUAAUCCAAGCUGCUGAGGAUCUCUUGGAAGAGAUGCGUAGUAGAGGGAUAGAGCCAGAUGUUACUAGCUAUUCAAUCAUUCUUCAUGUAUAUACCCGUGCUCAUAAACCAGAGUUAUCUAUUUGCAAGUUCCGAUCAAUGAAAGAUAAAGGCAUUUGUCCAACAGUGGCAACAUACACUUCAGUAAUCAAGUGUCUGGCUUCUUGCGGGAGAUUGGAGGAAGCUGAAGAACUUCUUAGUGAGAUGACAAGGAAUGGAGUAUCCCCAUCUCCAGCUGCAUAUAACUGCUUUUUCAAAGAAUACCGAGGGAGGAAUGAUGCGGAUGGUGCUCUUAAACUGUACAAGAAGAUAAAGGAAAUGGGAUCAGGGAGCAAACUCGAUUUUCUUACAUACAAUAUAUUGAUAAAAAUGUUCUUGAAACUCGACAAAAUGGGGAUUGUUAGAGAAUUAUGGAAAGACAUGGGUGAGAGCGGUUUCAGUCCAGAUUUGGAUUCAUACACUCAAUUGAUACACGGGUUGUGCAACAAGCAGAAGUGGAGGGAGGCUUGCCAAUUCUUCAUGGAAAUGAUAGAGAAGGGUCUUCUUCCCCAAAAGAUCACAUUUGAGACAUUAUAUCGGGGAUUGAUACAGGCUGAUAUGUUGAGAACUUGGAGGAGAUUGAAGAAGAGGGUGGAAGAAGAGUCGCACACAUUUGCUAUGGAGUUCAAAAGCUACCAAUUUCAACCUUAUAAGCGGUGAAGCUUUCUAGCAAGUGAAAUAAUAUAUUCUAGCCAUUUGGUGGAUAUGUAUCGGAGGGCUGUGUUUAUCAAUCACAUGAGCAAGAGCAAUAGAUGGAUAUUAACUCUUCAGAACAAUCAAACUGCAUCCUAAUUUCUGAUGGAUGAGUUCUUUAAUCAAAGAGCAAAAGAUGAUGACCACUCUUCACAUUUUUUUUUAUUCACUGACAACGCAGAUUGUGUAUCAGGUUUGAUCAUGGUCAGUGCUUCCGGGAAAAUAUUAUUUUUCUUCAUGGUUUCACCUCACAGGAGAGCAGUGGCUGUUUAGGAAAAUUUUCUGCUUUUUCUUGGGCAUUUUUCGAGUGAUAUCUUUAACCUGGUAUGGACUUUGUUUCGAGUUCUGAUUUUGGAAGCAUGCGGAGAAUUCAUUUUGCUUCUUGAACUUGAAGAAGUGCAGAAUCAUGCUACACUGAACUGGGACUUCUUAUUACUAACUUCAAAAACUCUGUGAUAUGACCAGAAUCUUAUGAUAUGGAGAUGAUCAAGUAACAUGGAGAUAUAUUGAAGUGAUACGAAGCAUUAAACCACUUGAGCCACUCAUUAAACACAACACCAGAACUCAUAAAUAGAAAACCGGAAGUCAUAAAUAGUGGUGGCAAAACUCUGGUAGACUACCUGCAACCCCAACUCAAUGUUAUUUUUCAGUGAGCUUCAUCAUCCACAAUGGCUCUUGGAAGCCACUGACUAGAUGGGAUUUUACUUUUGAACUUACUCAUUCUAAAGCUAUUGCUUUGGUUUAGCUAGUUGUUAUCCCCUUCAUACUCCUCCACAGCUAGUUGUUAGCACCUUUAUUCCCCACCCCCCAAAACAACAACACAAGGAAAAAGAAAGAAAGAAAGAAAGAAAGAAAGAAAGAAAGGAACAUGAUCAAGAAGAUGAUCAAGGAUUUUCUGGAGAAAAUAAAAAAGAUGAUCAAGGACCAAAACAACCAUCUGCAUGAAACUGAGCAAGUAGUCAUAGUAGUAGUAGAAGAAGAAGGGAGAGAUAAUGUAGAAGAAGAUAGAGAUUGGUCUCACAUAGCAGGCCCAUUCUUAUUGGGAGUGAUGGAUUACCUGACACCAUCGGAUGCCCUUAGAAUUCCCUAUGUUUGCAAUCUGGGUGUCUGUGACGGUGCUCAACCACAAGGAAGCCGAUGAGCUCAAAUGUAUAGCCAGAGAUAUGUCAGCUGGGGGAACUCAGUGCCCGGAGCCAUAUGCAAACCGAGAAAAUUCAAACAUUCAGGAGGUAGCCACCGGCAUCCAGCGGCGGGGUAGAGGUGAGACCGUGGAGCCACACCACUACAUCCUACAAGGAAACUGCGAAGUAUUAGGUCCUGCAAUCAUUGGGGAGAUAUUCAAAUUGACUGGAAAACCAAAGUUAAUCAUGCAAGCAAGUUACAGGGAACACAAAAUAGUCAGAGCAAAUGGGAAGUACAUAGGUUUGAGCAUUGUAUUAUGUUUUGGGAGUCUACAGUUGCAAUGGUGGUAAUGCAUGGGAGUACAAGAGGGAGAAUGUGUGUAUUUGAUAUGGAAGAUAAGAGUUGGUUGACAUAUCCUCAUUUGCGUAAUUCAGGACCAUCGUUUGUUGUGGAGUGUGAAGAUGAGAUUGUGAAGGUAUCAUCAUCAUUGCCUUCAUCUUUGCAUGGAAGUCAAGAGAGGUUUAUGUUUUAUAAGCUUGGACUGGGUGAGAAUGGAGUUGUUGGUUGGGUGGAGAUGGAGAAGGUGGAGUGGUGGUUUCUUGAUGGUAAUGGGAAGUCAUUGUGUGUGAGGAGAGGAGUUGGGAGGGAGGUGUUUCAGUUAUUUGAACAUUAUGGCAUGGUGAGUAAUGAUGUUUUUGGAAUGAUAAAUAUAUAUAAAUAUAUUAUUGAUAUUUGAUGUUUUUGUUU